AUUUCGAGAAUGUGGCCCAUGCAUUUUAAGACUGUGGAAGUGGUGUCAGGCUAUGGCAUAUAGUUAAUCUCAAAACCCUAGUGUUGUCCAAUCUCUGGUAAACAUGUAUGUGUGGCUCACUCUCCUCGCGGGCUUGGCUCUUCUCCCCGCGCUGCUGAAAACUUUCUCCACAUACUUUUUCCAGGACUGCGUGUAUAUGUACAGGGCUCUUGGAUUUGGCAUCCGAUUAAAUGUAUACAAAAGGAAAACGCCAUUCUAUAGUAUUGUGGACUGCUUUUUGGAGGCUGUGAAGAAACACCCGCGAAAAGCGUUUAUUCAUUUCGAGGGGAAGACUUACUCUUACGAGGAGGUGGAUAAGGAGAGUAACAAAGUAGCGAAUGCGCUGCGCUCGGAGGCUGGGCUCAGAGAAGGGGACUCGGUCGCGCUGUUCCUGGGCAACGAGCCCCGCUUCGUGUGGACCUGGCUCGGCCUGGCUAAGCUCGGCUGUCCCGCAGCACUCCUGAACUUCAACAUCAGAUCCAGAUCACUCCUCCACUGCUUCUCCUGCUGCGGCGCGAAAGUGCUCAUAGCAGCUGCUGAGCUUCGUGAUGCUGUUGAGGAGAUAUUGCCGACACUGAAAGAAAAGGGGAUAACUGUAUACCUCCUGUCGGAUGAGUGCACUACAGACGGCAUUCAGUGUAUCGGUCAAGCCAUCACCAAAGCUUCAGAUACGCCUCUGUCCCCGUCUCUCAGGUCCAACAUUCAUAUCAGGACUACAGCACUGUAUAUCUACACUUCCGGCACUACAGGUCAUGAAGGAAGGAUUGGAAUGGCAGCUGUAAAGCUGAAAGAAGGCAGAGAGUUUGACUGCAUCAACACUUGCAGUGUUUUGGUGAACUAUCUUCCAGUGUACGCCAGACCUCGAUUCAUCCGAAUUCAGAAUUCCUUGGACGUCACAGGAACUUUCAAGAUGAAGAAAGUGAAGCUGGUGGAGGAGGGCUUUGACCCGACCUUAAUACGAGAUCCUCUCUACUUCCUGGAGCUGACGCAAAAGAAAUACAUUCCACUCUCUCAGGAAAUUCACAAGUCGAUCCUGUCGCAGGAAAUUAAACUGUAAAAAUCCAUAGAAUAAGCUAACGGUACAACUUUGAAAUCUACUAACCAGUAGUUACCCACUAAUCUCAGGGAAAACAAGUGAUUACGGUGAAUGAUUUUAACCUUUUGAGCAGUACAAUCCACUGUUUUACAUUAGUACUUUAUGAAGUGUGCCUUAUUACUUAACCUUUUAAUAAUUUUAAUUUAUAAUCAUCUCAACCUGCAGUUAAAUAGACUCUAAUAAGAUUGUGGUACACUAAAUUGACUUUAUAUAAUAGUAUAUACUACAACUUUAACUCUCAAAGCAGAGAUUCUCAACUGCCUCAUGGUUCGUAGAGAUAAACAGUUUAUUAUAUGUAUUUGCCAUUUAUGUAGCAAAAUAGGCACAAAAGGCUUCCCAUACAGCGUAUUUAGCUAAAUUCAAAGGCCGUGUCCAAUCAAACGCUAUGGUAUUUUGCCGCAAAUUUGUCGCACAAAUUUACAUUUAUUUGAAUGACAUUUUUUUUCUUUAGUACAAUAAUUGUGGUUCUGAUUCACCACUUGCCACAAACCAGUUGAGAGUCACUGCUUUGAUUCAUCUUGCUGACACAAUGGCUUUUAAGAAAUCCGGUCGCUGGUUUUCUCAAUGCUCUUGUGUCUGCUGGUCAAGAGACUCUAAUCAGCGGCAGUAUGUUUAAGUAGGUGAAAGGGCAAAAUUCAUGACCUCCCGUCCCAUCAACCUCUGAGCUCAAAAAAUAAACAUUUCUACAAAACACAAA